GGCGGCUUCUCGGAAGAUAUACACCCACAGUGGCCUCGCACAGAGUCCCUGUCCUCUGCACGCACUUCGCCGUCUGGAAGCGAAGACAUCGAAUGAUAUGCUAUGAGGAGCUCGUUCAGAACGACGGCAGGCCCGCGGUGCCAAUCGAGGUUCUUUCGCAAGAUUCGAGGGAGCCCAAGCGCAGCUGCGAAAAGGCUCUCCCUUGGUUGGAUGACCCAAGGUCCAGGGACCGAGAUAAGUUCCCGAGACAAGUAGAUCGCUGGUGGGAGUUUCGCAAAUGGCAACUCGACAACCGGGACCCUGUUUUUAGAGAUGAUGGGUUUUCUGCUUACUUGGCGGCACGGAAACGCAGACAUUCGCUUUUGGGUUCACACAAUAUGGUCUCUAGUUCCACAUUUAAAGAGACGGUCAGACGGGAGUGGGAGAUGAGACCAAAGCGCCUUGAGGUCCCCAGCAAUGCAAGAUUUCCAGCGUACGAAGCGACAGUCAAGAAACGUCUAGUAUCUCAUAAAUUCGCUUGGGAGUUUCAGUUAGAAGGAGACCCGCGCCAACAAGGAGUCUGGGCGACAUGGGUUGAGUAUCUGCUCCGUCCCCUCGGUAAGACCUGUCCUUGUUAGCACUUAUCGUAAAGCAAAUACGAAUGUACACG